CGUUUUUGAAUACACGCUCGAAUACGAUUAAACGUCAGAAAACACCUCUGACUUCGCGUACGUGCGUACAACCCAACACAGACAAGUGUUUUCUGUGACUUGGAUAAAUAUGGGCUUGAUUACUCAAUUUGAGAGAAUUAUAUAUAUUUUAAAAAUCAUAGUCCAAGGUUAUUAUAUAUAAUUCUAUCAAAAUUUUGACGUACAAAACAGAAAUUAUAUUCAAAUAAAGAGAUAUUCCAAUAUAUGUUGUGCAAUUGAUGUUGAUCAAUCUACACAGCAGAAAUUAAAGGGUAGCAUAUCAAAAUAAUGGCAUUAAGACAGUUUAUUAGGUGUAGUUCAGUUCUUUCCAGUAACCUAAAAUUCAGUAGGUCACAAAUAAGUGCAAGAUUCUUCUCCAAUGAACAGCCAGCCUUGGAUAAAAAAGAGAUAGAAGUAACAUUUGUAAGAGCUAAUGGAGAGAGAAUUAAAGUCAAAGGAAAAACUGGAGAUUCACUCCUCGAUGUGGUAGUCAAUAAUAGUAUAGACCUAGAUGGAUUUGGUGCUUGUGAAGGAACUUUAACUUGUUCUACUUGUCAUCUGAUAUUCAAACCUGAAGAUUUCAAUGCUCUUCCUGAGAAACCUUCAGAUGAAGAAUUGGACAUGCUUGAUUUAGCUUAUGAUAUAACGGACACAUCUAGAUUAGGUUGUCAAAUCAUUUUAACUGAGAAAUUGAAUGGUUUAGAAGUCAAAGUUCCAGCAACAAUAAACGAUGCAAGAAGCAGUUAACACAGUAAAGUUUUCAUCUAAUCUA